AUGCUUACAUUUUCCUGUUCGUCGGGAAACUAUCUGGACAUCAUGACACAGUCCUGCAGACCAUGCCCAGCAGGUCAAUACAGUCUGGGAGGAGGCUCACGAUUUGAAGAAUUUUACACUCUACCGCCCGGUUUUUCCGUCGAGAAUUUUGACCCCAGCUCAAUGAGACUCGAUGAUACCACACCAGCGCAGAUAGAAGCAUGUCCGCCAGAGUAAGU